AUGAAAGCAGUCGAAAACAUCACCAGCCACGAAUAUGCCAACAUCGUCACCAUAGAACGAACAUGUUCUGGAAUUUCCCUGCUCGGUUGUUUCUUCAUUAUCAUAACCUUUCUUACCACCACCGCAUUUCGUAAACCUAUUAAUCGAUUAGUUUUCUAUGCGUCUCUGGGUAAUAUUUUCACGAAUCUCGCUACGCUUAUUUCUCGCUCGGCACUUGCGGCUCCAGAUGGUCGGUUUUGUCAAUUCCAGGCUUUUCUCAUUCAGAUGUUCCUCCCGGCCGAUGCAUAUUGGACAUUGGCCAUGGCAUGUAACGUCAUGUGUGCAUUUUUCUUCCACUUCGACGUGGUAGAACUCCGCCAAUUAGAGAAGUGGUACAUACUACUAUGUUAUGGACUACCAUUCAUUCCCGCCUUCGUAUUUUUCUUUGUACAUACAAAAAAUCGCGGUUACAUGUAUGGGAGUGCCGUAUCAUGGUGCUGGAUCAAGACCAAAUGGGGUUUGUGGAGACUCUGGAGCUUCUACGUACCGGUUUGGAUUACCAUAUUAAUCACAAUAAUGAUCUACACCUUCGCGGGAAAGAAAAUCUUUGACAAGCGACGAGAACUCAUGAGAGCAAAUGAACGUAUAUCACCUGACAACCUGCCCAAAGCACGUAGAGAAAAGUCUAGAAGCUCUCAAACCGAACUUCUCCCAACCACCAACUCCGUCGAAGAAGCCCCCUCCGAUAAACCCUCGAGACCGGGAUUACCCCCAGCUCAACCAUCAUAUACAAGUGUGCAUCCGCAUAAACAAGCCAACGCGGCUAUGUGGGCCUAUGCGAAAGUCUCGCUACUGUUCUUCCUCGCUAUGAUGAUCACGUGGAUUCCAUCAACUGCUAAUCGCAUCUAUUCCAUUUUGUACCCGGGCACGGUUAAUAUGUCGCUUCAGUAUAUUUCUGUGUUUGUGUUACCGCUGCAGGGGUUUUGGAACGCAUCGAUCUAUAUUAUUACGAGUAUGGAUGCUUGUAGGGUUCUUUGGAAGAAAUUAGGAGAGCCGGUGGUGAUUUUUAAGGGAGGUGGGGGGUGA